CAACCACUCUGUACACAGUCGCUUUUCUUCCAUUUUGUUCACCACCUCACAAUGGAGGAAACUACACCCUUCCAGCUGGCCACCUUACUCCUGGUGUCCACCUUUAAAAAAUAUGCAGAGGCUGAGGGGAAAAAAGACACCUUAACCAAAGCUGAGUUCAGGACUUUGCUGGAUAAUGAGAUGCCUUCCCCUGGCAAUGGGGUGAAGAGCCAAGAAAAGUUCACAGAGAUGAUGAAGGAUCUGGAUCUGAACAAUGACCAGGAGAUCGACAUCAUGGAAUAUAUGAACCUUGUAAUUUGUAUGACCGUGUGCUGUUUCGAGAUAUGCAAAGACUGAGCAGGUCGACCGCACCCUGGGGUGCAGCCAACUAGAGGCAGCGGCAGCAUACAAUCCCUGUAGUAACAGCUUUUGGAGGUUUUUCUAUCUGCUGAAUAAAAAAAUGUU